AUGUCGUGGGCGGGGUUCAAGAAGAAUGUGAAUCGCGCGACGACGCAGGUCAUGAUGAAAACCGGCCAUGUGGAAAAGACAAACGACCGGGACUACGAAGUUGAGGAGAGACGGUUUCGCACCAUGGAAGCCGCUUCACUACGGCUGCAGAAGGAAGCAAAGGGCUAUCUCGACUCGCUCCGAGCCAUGACGGCGUCGCAAAUGAGGAUAGCCGAGACCAUCGACGCCUUCUACGGCGACUCGGGCGCAGCGGACGGCAUGAGCAGAAGCUACAAGCAAGCAGUUGAAGACCUCGACGCCGAGACGCUCAAGGCCCUCGACGGGCCCUACCGAACGACGGUGCUGGAGCCCAUCACCCGAUUCUGCGCCUACUUCCCCGACGUCAACGAGUGCAUCAAGAAGAGGUCGCACAAGCUGCUCGACUACGACGCCCUGCGAGCGCGGGUCAAGAAGCUGGUGGAGAAGCCCGACAAGGACGCGACGAAACUGCCACGGACGGAAAAGGAGCUCGAGAUGGCCAGGGUAGCUUAUGAGCAGCUCAACGAGCAGCUCUGCACCGAGCUGCCCCAGCUCAUCGACCUUCGCGUCCCCUAUCUCGACCCGACCUUUGAGGCUCUUGUCAAGAUUCAGCUCCGGUUCUGCGCCGAGGCGUACUCACGCAUGGCCCAGGUGCAACAGUAUCUCGACGCCGAUACGAGGGAUCAAUACGCCGAAGGCCAUCUGGACGCCAGGGUGGAGCAGGUUCUGCAAGAGAUUCGGGAGCUGAGCAUCAGCGGUACCGUCUAA